AUGUCGUCAUCAACAAGCAUCCCCAGCACGCAAAAAGCGAUCCUCGUGCACGAGAACGGCGGCGCCGAUGUCCUCAAAUACACCGAGUCGCACAGCGUGCCGACCCUGUCGAACGGGCAAGUGCUGGUGAAGAACCACUUCGCGGGCGUCAACUUCAUCGACACGUACUUCCGCUCCGGGCUGUACCCAGCGCCGGGAGGAUUCCCGCUGAUCGUGGGCCAGGAGGCGUCAGGGGUGAUCGCCAAGAUCGAAGGCGACAAUGCGUUCGGCUUGAAGGUCGGCGACCGCGUCGUCUGGAUGGCCGGCAAGGGCUACGCCGAGUACAGCGCCGUGCCCGCCGAUCGCGUCAUCAAGAUCCCCGACGGCAUCUCCGAUGAGCACGCCGUCGGCGGCUACCUGAUGGGCAUGACCGCGUUGAGUCUCAUCAAGGAGGCGUAUCCCGUGAAGAAGGGCGAGACCGUCCUCGUGCAUGCCGCCGCCGGUGGCAUGGGCUUAUUGCUGUGUCAGUUGCUCCGCGACGUGGGCGCCACGGUCAUUGGGACGGCGGGCGGGCCCGAGAAGACGAAGCUCGCGAAAGAGAAUGGCGCCACGCAUGUCAUCGAUUAUAAAGCGACCGAGGGCCCGAGCUGGGUCGAGCAGGUCCUGAAGCUUACGGAUGGCAAGGGCGUGGACGUCACGUUCGAUGGUAUCGGUAAGGAUACUUGGGAGGGCAGUCUGGAGGUCGCCAAGCGGAAGAGCAAGGUCGUGUAUUACGGCAAUGCAUCAGGUCCUAUUCCGCCUUUCAACAUCGCCAAGCUCUCGGCGAAGAAUGUCUCCAUCAUGCGCUCCACGCUCAUGAACUAUAUCGUCACAAGGGAGGAGUUGGAGUUCUACGCAAACGGUGUCCUAGACUUGAUCAAGGCCGGGAAACUCAAUAUUAAGAUCCACAAGGUCUAUCCGCUUAGCGAGGCGGUCACGGCGCAUAAGGAUCUCGAGGGCCGGAGGACGACUGGCAAGUUGCUGUUGAAGUUGUAG